AUGAAGGUCUCAUCUGCUUUCGUCCUCACUCUCCUCACCGGCGCGCUGGCCGCGCCAUCCAUCGUUCCCGACGACUUCGAGAAGCGCGACGUUGACGCCGCAGCUAGAGACUCGGCAAUCGCGGAUGCUGUUCAAGCUAGACAAGUCGACACCACCGUCACCCUCGACCAGCGUGAUGAGGACGUCGAGAUGGUGGCACGAGCGCCCGGAAAUGCCAACGCCCAGGGCGCCAACAAGGCAGGACAGAAGGCAGGACAGAAGGCAGGACAGAAGGCCGGACAGAAGGCCGGACAGAAGGCCGGACAGAAGGCAGGACAGAAGGCAGGACAGAAGGCAGGACAGAAGGCCGGACAAAAGGCAGGCCAGAAGGCAGGCCAGAAGAAUAAUGGCGCCAACAACGCAAAGCAGAACGCCGCGAGCGACGCGGCCGAGGCCGCCAAGCCAAGAGUGACGAGCUCCUUCGACGCCCCCGGUGUCGUCCUCUAG